AUGGUCAAGCCCCACCACAAGCCGUUAGCAGCAUACCGGGUCUUGUCCUAUGUCUGCAUCGGCCUGCUUUUCCUCGCGGCCCUUUUCUCGCUCCUCGUCGGCCUCUCCCUCUCGAUAAUCAAGCCAAUAUAUAUCCUCAGAGUUUUCUCCACGCGGACGGGGCAGCCCGUGUCGUCUGUAGCGACUGAGCUACGGUUUGGUGUGUGGGGCGUUUGUGCAAGUAGUUCUCUCAGGCAGCCCACGUUUUUCAGCAACUUUGGACAAUGUUUUGGGCCACAAAUUGGCUACGCGAUACCCCAGUCGAUUAUAUCACUCUCCGGUGUCUCCCCCGAAAUCAUCAACGUCGUUCUGCAGAGCCUCUAUGUUGUACUCGUCCUCCAUUUGGUCGCAGCGGGAAUGUCUUUUCUCACCCUCAUCUCAUCACUCUUCCUGGCUUCGCACACACUCUCGAUCCUUGCGCUCGUUCUUUCGAUAGCCACGGCGCUAGUGAGCACGGUCGUCUUUGCCAUCGACCUCGCUGUCGUUCUGGUAGCCAAGGACAACAUCUCGCGGCUCGGCACCACGCUGCAUUUUUCUGCUGAAUGGGGCAACGGGCCGUGGUUAGGGCUUUCAGCAGCGAUUCUGACGUGGUUGGCGGUCAUUGCGCUCUCAGCCAGAGCCUGUUACUGCUUCGGAGUUCGGCAACACGACAAGUUUUAG